AUGAGGUCGGGCGAGGUCUGGCAUCUGUGCCAAGAGGAUGGCAAAAGCUUUGAGAAGGUGAUCUUGUCCAUCCAUUCCAAUGGCUUUUCAAUCAGAUAUCCGGAUGACAAUCAUCCAGCCAUGAGUAUUGCGUGGUCGCCAUUUUCCCUGGUACAAGCCUGCCGGCUUCACACAAUCCAGGCCGAUCAAUCGCAACCCUGGCUACGUCUUUUCAAGGUCUCGGUGUUCCACCAUGGCAUCACCCAUUUUUUCGCCACACAUGGCCCUAGCGCCGACACGGAACGUGCGCGGUGGGUGGCCGAUGUGUCACGAGCUUUGCGGAUUCUGACGCAGUCUCUUUUCCCCUCCUUCCAGUUGGCUGUUUUCCCCUUGCCUGGAGCAAGCUGGACGUCCACCCGGUUGCUAGCAGGGUACAUGCUGCUCUACGAUGACCAGGGUGUCUCGCUGGUUUACGGUGAGCUGCACGCCCACUGCGACAACACUGCGGGCUUCGCGGCAUACGAGGAUGACGCCUGCAAAGUGCAAGUGGUUCACCUCGCCAUUGACACGAACACUUGUGUCAGUGAGCGGGUGGGCAUCGAUUGCAGCUGCUUUAGCCUUGGCGACCACCACUUCUCCACGAGAACCUGUGCUGAGAAGAUGCUGUGGCUGCGUGCCAUCAGCAACGUCAAGGUAAAGCUCAGACAUCUAGCAGCUACCCCGACUCCCAACGAGCUUCGCUUCUACCGCGCAGCCGUGAGGGAGCAGAUCAACAGCCUUCCGCCUUCACCAGAGGCGGAGCAGCCCAGUCCGCAAGCCGCCUUGCUUCCAAGGAGACGUGCGACUUUGUCACAGCUUCCACGUACUGGUCCUGUGCAGGCCUUGCCGCUCGUGUCAACAGCGGUGUCUGUUACGGCGAAGCAGCCGGAUUCAGGUGGCGCAACACCAAAUACAAGUCCGACUACUCCCAACGGCACCGCCACGGGGCCAAACUGCUAUGUCUCCCAGCCGCUGCCGCUGCUCAAGGAGGGAGGCUCCGACGGAAACGAGCUUCCUUUGCCGCUGGAGCUUCCACGCUCUACGAGGGUAGCCCUGGGCGAAGUGGGAGGCCACCAGCUGGCGGGGUUCGGAGGGAAGGCACCAUCGGCUGCCAGCAAAGCUGCUGCUUGUCUGAACGGAGGACCUGGAGGUGCUGCAGCUUCGGAAUUUCUUCCGCGACGCGUCCAGGUGCACGCCAACUCUCCGAGCUGA